GGUCUCUGGCGAUGACGUCAUUUGUUAUUGAAUGAUCGUGUGUUUACGAUGGAAAAUUAUUAUUAGCGAAGUUUGUUAAAAAUCUUGAUUGAUUUUUCUAAUCCCUUUAUUCCUUUUCCAAAUUUGUAGUGCGGUUACCCCCCUUAGUUUGAGCACCUUCCUCUUUAGCGUCCAAAUUCCAUAACCGUUCCAGCCCGAACUCAACGGUCUACGUCUACGAAUGCUUUGAACUUGAAGGAUAUCAAGUUUAGGUAAUUAAUGAUAGCGAAAAAAAUGUUUCGACUUCAAAUCAUUCCAACCGGUAACGUACAAAGAAUAUAUCAACGAUAUGCUAGCUCGGUCGUAUCGAGGGCUUCCCCUUCGGAUUAUUUCACCGUCAAAAACGAACCUAUAUUGGAUUACUCAGAUCCGUCGACAGCCGAUGAACAAAAUAGAUUGAAGAGUGCGUUAAAACAUGUGUACGAAAAUGUCGAAGAAGUACCUAUUGUCAUUGGUAACGAGAAGUUCACCACUUCUGAUGUCAGAUAUCAAACGAUGCCUCACGAUCAUCAGAAGAAAAUCGCCAAGUUUUAUUACGCUACUCCGGAUUUGGUGAAAAAAGCAAUCGACGUUGCGACCAAAGCGCAAUUAGAAUGGGACCGGGUACCUUUACGCGAGAAAGUCUCGAUAUGGAGAAAAGCAGCCGAUCUGAUGGCUACGAAAUAUCGAUCAGCUUUGAACGCGACGACGAUGGCAGGCCAAAGUAAAACCGUCAUUCAGGCGGAAAUCGACGCAGCUUGCGAACUGAUUGAUUUCGUCAGGUUCAACGCUUUCUUCGCGACUGAACUAACGAAAUACCAGCCUAUCAGCGAAGAACCCCAAGUUACCUUGAAUUCGUUGCGAUAUCGUGGUCUAGACGGAUUCGUAGCUGCCGUAUCUCCAUUCAACUUCACUGCCAUCGGAGGCAACUUAUCGUACACUCCUGCCUUAAUGGGAUGCGCAGUGCUAUGGAAACCAUCAGACACUGCGUUACUUUCUAAUUGGACUAUAUUCAAAGUGAUGACUGAAGCAGGAGUACCUGCCGGUGUUGUGAAUUUUGUACCCGCCGAUGGUCCCGUAUUCGGUGAUACGAUUACCGCCUCGCCCUAUUUAGCCGGUAUUAAUUUCACCGGAUCUGUCCCAACUUUCAAUAGAUUAUGGACUCAAGUCGGCCAAAAUAUCAACAAUUAUCGCAACUUUCCUCGUCUGAUAGGCGAAUGCGGUGGCAAAAAUUACCAUUUCGUGCAUCCUUCGGCCGAUGUUGACUCGGUGAUCAAUGGAACUAUACGAUCUGCCUUCGAAUACUGCGGUCAAAAGUGCUCAGCUUGUUCGAGAAUAUAUGUUCCAGAAUCGUUAUGGCCCAAGAUCAAAGAGGGCUUAUUACAAGUCAGAAGCACACUGAAAACCGGCGACGUUUCCGAUUUCUCCUCCUUCACCUCGGCUGUCAUUGAUAAGAAAGCUUUCGAUCGGAUAAAAAGCUACAUCGAGUACGCCAAGCAGUCUCCCGAACUUGAAAUCAUUGGCGGAGGAACUUACGACGAUAAAGUCGGCUACUACGUUCAACCGACGAUCAUUCAAACGAAAAAUCCAACCAAUAAGAUCAUGUUCGAGGAAAUCUUCGGACCUGUGUUGACCGUUUACGUGUACAAAGAUAACGACGUCGAGAAUACGCUGAAAUUAAUCGAAACUACUACUCCUUACGCGUUAACCGGAUCUGUAUUCGCUCAAAACGAACAAUUCCUCAAAGAGUCCCUAGAUAAACUGAAGUACACCGCUGGUAAUUUCUACGUAAAUGACAAAAGCACCGGAUCUGUCGUCGGUCAGCAACCAUUCGGUGGAAGCCGUAUGUCUGGUACUAACGAUAAAGCAGGCGGUCCUCAUUACGUAUUGAAAUGGACAUCACCUCAAUCCAUCAAAGAAACAUUCGUUCCCUUACCCACUGUCAAGUAAUCUGCCACCAGUAUCAAAUACCUACCUUCGUAGAUAAACAACGAAAUAUUUAAACAAACAAAAAAAAAUAGUUUUUAUUCCAAAGCUGUAGUCCAUAGGAUGCUUUUUUCGCUUCGGUGUUUUAAAAAAAAUUUUAAACGUUUUUUAAACCAAAAACCAAAAAAAAAAAAUUAAAAAAUUGGUAUCUCAGGAAAAAUGGACAUUAAAAUAUUAUGAGAUUAUUUGUGGUUGACUAUUUUUACUUUUUUGUUUUUCUCUUUAUUUUUUUUUCCUUUCCUUUUUCGUAUAAUUAUACGACAGUAUUAAAAAAUGUAUAUAUAAAUAAUGUGGUGUGCAAUGAUACUUUAAAAAAAGAAAACAAAAAACACAAACAAAGGGAAUUUCUCAGUCAAUAUUUAUAAUUUAUUAUAAUGUACAAAGUGUUGAUUAUUUUUAAUAUUAUGUAAUUGGAAAAUUCGUUAUUAUGUUGUUUUUCCAUGUGAUCGAAAACUGUCGAUCGAUAAGUAAUUACGACAAUAUUAUUGGUUACUGCAUUUUUUGUGUGCUUAAAAAAGCUUUUUGCAUUCAUCUCGAAUAAUUGUAAUCGUUUUUCAUAUUCGCGUGAAUUUCUCGUUAGUAUUGUAUAAGCGUAUGUGUACUUCUCAGAGCACCGUGUAUUUUCAGGUAAUAUUUCUUUAGUGUUGGAUUGUUUGGUUAGUAUAGAUAGAGAACGAGUGUAUCAUACAUAUCGAAAGUUUCGCUUAUGUUGUGUCAAUGUAGUCUGGUGUUUUUUUUCUCUCCAUGUUGCAGGAAACGAAACGUAGAAAUUGCUUGAAAUUUCACCGUGUAAUUUUUACAAUGUUCGUCGUCUAUGUUUUUCUGUUGAUAAUAAAGAAAUUUGCCAGUGA